AUGGUAUGCGACAGAAAGGAACAAGCAACAAGAGGGAGAGGGUCAAGUGGGUCUGAUGAGUUGACUGGACAGCAGAGUGAGCUUGACGUUGUCCUUUCUAAAGACAUCGCAUUCGAAGUCUCCUCUCCCCUGCUCAGUGCCUUUGGAGUGUACUCAGAAGUCUCCUCUCCCCUGCUCAGUGCCUUUGGAGUGUACUCAGAAGUCCCCUCUCCCCUGCUCAGUGCCUUUGGAGUGUACUCAGAAGUCUCCUCUCCCCUGCUCAGUGCCUUUGGAGUGUACUCAGAAGUCUCCUCUCCCCUGCUCAGUGCCUUUGGAGUGUACUCAGAAGUCUCCUCUCCCCUGCUCAGUGCCUUUGGAGUGUACUCAGAAGUCUCCUCUCCCCUGCUCAGUGCCUUUGGAGUGUACUCAGAAGUCUCCUCUCCCCUGCUCAGUGCCUUUGGAGUGUACUCAGAAGUCUCCUCUCCCCUGCUCAGUGCCUUUGGAGUGUACUCAGAAGUCUCCUCUCCCCUGCUCAGUGCCUUUGGAGUGUACUCAGAAGUCUCCUCUCCCCUGCUCAGUGCCUUUGGAGUGUACUCAGAAGUCUCCUCUCCCCUGCUCAGUGCCUUUGGAGUGUACUCAGAAGUCUCCUCUCGCCUGCUCAGUGCCUUUGGAGUGUACUCAGAAGUCUCCUCUCCCCUGCUCAGUGCCUUUGGAGUGUACUCAGAAGUCUCCUCUCCCCUGCUCAGUGCCUUUGGAGUGUACUCAGAAGUCUCCUCUCCCCUGCUCAGUGCCUUUGGAGUGUACUCAGAAGUCUCCUCUCCCCUGCUCAGUGCCUUUGGAGUGUACUCAGAAGUCUCCUCUCCCCUGCUCAGUGCCUUUGGAGUGUACUCAGAAGUCUCCUCUCCCCUGCUCAGUGCCUUUGGAGUGUACUCAGAAGUCUCCUCUCCCCUGCUCAGUGCCUUUGGAGUGUACUCAGAAGUCUCCUCUCCCCUGCUCAGUGCCUUUGGAGUGUACUCAGAAGUCUCCUCUCCCCUGCUCAGUGCCUUUGGAGUGUACUCAGAAGUCUCCUCUCCCCUGCUCAGUGCCUUUGGAGUGUACUCAGAAGUCUCCUCUCCCCUGCUCAGUGCCUUUGGAGUGUACUCAGAAGUCUCCUCUCCCCUGCUCAGUGCCUUUGGAGUGUACUCAGAAGUCUCCUCUCCCCUGCUCAGUGCCUUUGGAGUGUACUCAGAAGUCUCCUCUCCCCUGCUCAGUGCCUUUGGAGUGUACUCAGAAGUCUCCUCUCCCCUGCUCAGUGCCUUUGGAGUGUACUCAGAAGUCUCCUCUCGCCUGCUCAGUGCCUUUGGAGUGUACUCAAAAGUCUCCUCUCGCCUGCUCAGUGCCUUUGGAGUGUACUCAAAAGUCCCCUCUCGCCUGCUCUCACUCACGCCAUGCAUACAGGACGCACAGACCACUCUCGACCACUCUCCGCCACUCACCACCACGUUCUCUUUGCUAAACUCCUUCUGCAGUUGA